UUCUUCUUGUUCUUUUCCUACUUCCAUCCUCUCCCCGCCACUGGAAGUCCUCCCGUAUCUAAAUGGAAUUAGUGGAGACCGAAGCCCCUUGUGUAAGGAACAGACAUGACCCAUGGGCGCAGCUUCUUUCACAUUGUAGCAAGUCUAAUCAUCCUACAUUUGUCUGGGGCAACCAAAAAAGGAACAGAAAAGCAAACUACUUCCGAAGGACAGAAACCAGUGCAGUGUGGAACUUGGACAAAAUAUGCAGAAGGAGGCAUCUUCACUUCUCCCAAUUACCCCAACAAGUAUCCUCCUGACAGAGAGUGCGUCUACAUUAUAGAAGCUGCCCCUAGACAAUGCAUUGAACUACACUUUGAUGAAAAAUAUUCCAUAGAGCCUUCUUGGGAGUGUAAAUUUGACCAUAUUGAAGUACGAGAUGGACCUUUUGGCUUUUCCCCAAUCAUUGGACGUUUCUGUGGACAGCAAAAUCCACCUAUAAUAAAAUCCAGUGGCAGAUUCCUAUGGAUUAAAUUUUUUGCUGACGGUGAGCUGGAAUCUAUCGGGUUUUCUGCACGGUAUAAUUUUACACCUGAUCCAGAUUUUAAGGACCUUGGUGUUCUGAAACCGUUGCCAGUUUGUGAGUUUGAGAUGGGAGGACCUGAAGGAAUUGUGGAAUCUGUACAAAUUGUCAAAGAAGGAAAAGCUUCUGAAACUGAAGCAGUAGACUGUAAAUGGUACAUCCGAGCACCACCCCGAUCCAAGAUCUAUUUGCGAUUCUUGGACUACGAGAUGCAGAAUUCCAACGAAUGUAAAAGGAAUUUUGUAGCUGUUUAUGAUGGAAGCAGCUCCGUGGAGGAUUUGAAAGCGAAGUUUUGCAGCACUGUUGCUAAUGAUGUAAUGCUGCGGACAGGUCUCGGUGUAAUCCGUAUGUGGGCAGAUGAAGGCAGUCGAAGCAGCCGAUUCCAGAUGCUCUUCACGUCUUUCCAAGAACCCCCUUGUGAAGCCAACACAUUCUUUUGCCACAGUAAUAUGUGUAUUAAUAAUACAUUGGUCUGCAAUGGACUCCAGAAUUGUGUGUAUCCUUGGGAUGAAAACCACUGCAAAGAAAAAAGAAAAGCUAACCUAUUGGACCAACUUACCAAUACCAGUGGGACUAUAAUUGGGGUGACUUCUUGCAUUGUGAUCAUCCUCAUUGUUAUCUCUGUUAUAGUACAGAUCAAGCAGCCUCGUAAAAAAUUUGUCCAAAGGAAAACAGACUUUGAUCAAACAGUGUUCCAGGAGGUGUUUGAGCCUCCUCAUUAUGAGUUAUGCACUCUCAGAGGGACAGGGCCUACAGCUGACCUUGCUGAUGUUGCAGAUGACUUUGAAAAUUAUCAUAAACUGCGGAGAUCAUCUUCAAAAUGCAUUCAUGACCAUCACUGUGGAUCACAAGUGUCUAGCAUUAAGGGCAGCCGUAGUAACCUCAGCACAAGAGAUGCUUCUGUCUUGACAGAAAUACAACCCCAACCUGUAAAACCACUCAUUCAGCCCAUGAACAGGAGAAAUAUCCUUGUCAUGAAGCAUAGCUACUCACAAGAUGCUGCAGAUGCGUGUGAGAUAGACGAAAUUGAAGAGGUACCAACCACAAGUCACAGGCUGUCCAGACAUGAUAAAGCUGUUCAGCGGUUCUGCCUCAUUGGGUCUCUAAGCAAACAUGAGUCUGAGUACAACACAACUAGGGUCUAAGAGACAAACUUGAGACUGCUUGAGAAUAGUGCGCUCCUGGGUGAUUUUGAACAUGCUACAAUGAAAUGUGAAACUAUCGUCCUUGGAAACACCAGCUAGAGGUUUUAUGGACUCUCUGACCAGCUACUGUCAUAUCAUGACAAAAUUCAGCAAACAGUGUUGAGUAAAAUUACUAGAAGGCAAUAAGACUUUGUUUAUUAUGCUUAUCAGUCAUUUCUCUUUUUUUCCCUCUCUUCUUUUCGUUGCAAGUUAAAUUCCCAAUUUCAGGAACAAUUUAUUGAAAUCAGGUAUUUAGCCAUUCAUAAUCACUUCAACAGAAAUGUUUGUUGGAUGCGCAUCUACCAAUAUGACUGAAUUUGACAUUGAGAAAAAAAGCUGCAUGUAUGUUACUGAAUAUUUGAGUUGGCAAAAAUCCCUUUAUUAGAUACAUUGUAAAAAGCAUGCAUUCACAAUUAAUUAUUGCUGUUACUGUUCCAUUUCUGUGUCAUAUGCUUGCUACUUGUAACUUUUUAUAUAAAGAUACAUAAAACAAUGUAUAAUAA